AUGGCAUCAUCACAGCCUCUUCCUUCUACCCGCCGUAUUGUGACGGCACAUAACGACGAUGGAAAGCAAUUGUCAGAUACGACAGUCGAUAGCCUACCACCCGAUGUCAACACCACCGAGGACCGAGGACUCGCUGCAACAGGUCUCAGCAAUAACGGCACCAUUGUGCGCAUUGUCGACUUUCCGCCCAAAUCCACGGGCCUGAUGCAUCGCUCCAUGACCCUCGACUAUGUAUACGUUUUGCAGGGCGAGGUCAUCUUGGCGCUCGACGAUGGGUCCGCUACCGUGGUCAAGGCCAACCAGACAGUGGUGCAGCAGGCCACAAUGCACAGAUGGGACAAUGCGACGGACGAGUGGGCUCGCAUGCUUGUCGUCUUGAUUGCCUCCAAGAAGCCCGUGGUCAAUGGCACUGUUUUGGAUAAAGAUGUUCCAUUUAAUGUCUAG